GAAAUAUCGACAUUACUGAAGUAGCAACAUAAAACUUACUCUGAAUUGAAUAUUUAAAGUAUCACAUUUGAAAAGAAUUGAAUAUGGACAACUCCGCUUACAGUGCAAUGCACCAUCAUAUGAUGAACUCGGGCCCAAUGCAACAUCAUGACCCAUCAUGUUACCCCCCAUCACCGUAUUCUGACCCAGCAGCCAUUUCCCGCGAAGCUUUAUUUUUCCAGUCAAUCCACCCUGCUUUCGCUGGCGGCAUUGAGAACUACCUGGACCCGAAGUACGCAUCAGAUCCUGCAGCUUUCGCAUCCAGGUUGCCGUAUCUACCCUUCCAUGCUGCUUACGGCGUCUACGAUUACGGAUUCGAGCCGGCUUUUAUCCGAAAGCGGAACGAACGCGAGAGGCAGCGAGUAAAAUGUGUGAAUGAAGGCUACGCAAGGUUGCGCGAGCAUCUUCCGGACGAAUACGCGGAGAAAAGACUAAGCAAGGUUGAGACACUCAGAGGAGCGAUUCAGUAUAUCAAACAACUACAGGAUAUGCUCGGCUUGGAUAAAGAGGCAAAAAGGAAGAAGCGGAAGAGGAAAGCAGCAGAAGGGGAAGAGGGGGACAAGUUGGAGAAGAUAGAAGAUAAACAGAAUCAACUUACUGAAAAGGCAACAUCCGGAAACAACGUGCUUCGUGCUGCACAAGAUUUGCUGGUCGAUUCCCAAUGUUCAUUUGCCGAAUCGAAACAGCCAUCCAGCACGCAAACACAUUUGCAAAAGCAGAACCUCAGAUUCAAAGACGUUCAAUGUUCAUACGCAGGACAUGACAAUAUAUACCAAAGCCACCACACUCGAAGCAACACACAUCCACAAGUUCAGCAUUCAUCAAUUAACAACGAGGUUCUGCCUUCCCCUGUCGAAUGCGAUCGAAACUACUACGGCUGGCAAAACUGUGACCUAAAUCGGUUUUAUCAAUACGAGAACCAGCGUUAUACCGAAGCAAGCGACUGCUCACGUCACUACGAUUCGAGUGACGUCAUCGCCAGGCAAAGAUGCGAGAACCGUGACGUAACCGACUCGUUUCAAACAAAUUUUAUGACUGCACAUUCGCACAUAAAAGACGCUUAUGCAACUGCCCGAUAUCCAAGACCGCAAACAAGUAGAAACGGUUUCGAAACUCGGGGCGGGGACUCUGACGGUUUCAAGUCGGACAACAGCCCUAUCAGCCUGGGGGCUUCCCCAUGACGUCAUCAACAAAACCGUGACUCUUAAAAACUUUUUAAGCGAUAAAUAUCAGGUGUCGAAUUUCUUCAAUUUUAAAUCGUUCACCAAUUUCAUAUCUACCAGCCGUACAAACUGAAACUGUAUACGACCCAAAUGACUGAGGUUCUUAUUUCGGCGAAGCACGCCAUGGGUUCUGGUAUUAGGCAAGAGGUUGAUCCAUUUCUUGAAGUCGACAAAGUUACGCUUUCGGGCGUGCUGGUGUACCAAGCGGCAACUAUAGGAUAUAUUCAAUGAAAUUUCAAAUUUCCUCUCCCAAUGUACUUUUGUUGGUUACCACGUUGUGUGUACGCAAGUUAACGAAAUAGAAGGACAGUUUCUUAUA